AUGGCCAAGAAAGAAGGACCUUUCGGCAAUACCUGGAGAACAAAACCAAGUCUAGCGUCUCCUCGAGCCAAGCGACAACAAGCGAACAACGUCACCAAGAGGGACUCAUUUGUCAAAAUGCAGAAACGUUGGGAGAUGGAAGUCGAAACAUCGGGUAGCUCCCAAAAUCAGCCAUUGCUCAAAGAAUGGAAGGGGAUGCACUUGACGAAAAGGCUGCGUUGUGAUGACCUUCCAUUCAACAAGGGGACGUUGAUGAAUGCUGGAACUCUGGAGGCAGAAAAGCUGGGGAAUUAUGAUUGCUUCAUUUACCAUGAUGUUGACUUGAUUCCUGAAAAUAAAAUGCUUCCAUAUCAAUGCUUCCCAUGGCCCCUUCAUAUGGCUAUCUCUGUGGAAAAGCGCAAGUACAAAGUACCAGCCCAUUUUACUUAUGCUGGUGGAGUGCUGAGUGUUUCAAAGGAAGUCAUUUACAAAAUAAAUGGAUACAGCAACAAUUUUUGGGGCUGGGGCUCAGAAGAUGAUGACAUUUACAACAGCAGUGACACUGGCAGAGACGCCUGGACAGACAGUCUUCAGCGAAUUGGCAGGUCCAAAGGACUUCGGCGAAGUCGGCAUCUGAAUCCUACCAGUCAACUUGAAGAGUCAUCAAAACGCAGUAGCGAACAGGUCGGGUUGAAAAACCAUGAGGAUCACGUGGUGCUAAAAAUAUCAAAAAUAAUCGAAUCAGUUACGGAACUCUAUGUCCGAGACGCGGAUGCAGCAGAAGAUUUGCAACUCGCGAAUUACGGAACCGGAGGACAUUACAUCGUGCACUCGGAUCACAUCCGUGUCACAGAUGCGAUGAAGCAUUCCAAUCCACUCUUGCAACACAUCAGACUACGACUUGCAACUUUCAUGACAUACAUCACUGAAGUCACUGCAGGCGGUUCAACGGCCUUUUCCAUAGCCAGAACCGCUGUGAAAUCAGAGAAAGGUUCCACGGUGUUUUGGUGGAUCCUGAAUUCUCAAUUGGAAGAGGACUUCUCAACCCGACACGGCGGAUGCCCGGUUCUUCUUGGAUCAAAAUGGAUUGCGAACAAGUGGAUUUUCGCCCCUGAUGGUCAAAUGUUCAAGAAUCCAUGCAUCGAAUCACCGUCCAAGUUUCAAUCGCCAGAGGAAGCAGUUCUUUGUUUCGCGGAUCAAGUAUUCGCGAAUGCCGGUUUGCGUCUCGCGCUUCGUCAAGCGAGCCAACACUCUCAUCUUCCCGUUCACAUCGAAUUUGGCACUCAAACUUUCGAAAAUUCGCACAGCGGAUCGUCGAACAUCAGGAUCACUGGCAAAUGUGGCUAUGGACAGAAGUUUCGAGAAAUUCUCGACGACUCCAGUUGCCUCCACGUAGCUCUCAUCCAAAGCUUCUUCGUCGAACAUGUUUACCGACGCUUCGAGCAACAAAAACCCAUAACCCACGUUCUCACUUCUCCGCCGUUCUUCACCAGAUUUCGGGAUUUCCAGAAGAUGCUGCACCAUUGCGAUGAACACAUGGGCUAA